AUGAUGGAGAACUGGCCACCCCUCACAUCACCGGAUGAAUCCAGUAAUCGAAAUCCCGCAAAGAGAUGUCCCCGUCCUCUGUAUUCCCGGGAAUCCACACAGGAACAUCAGGAGAUCCCUCAGGAUUAUGAGAAUGGAAAUCUGAUUGUGGUUAAAGCUGAAGUGAAAGAGGAAGCAGAAGAGACAUCUUUGAGGAAAGAGAUUCCUCCAGAGAUCAGCCCAGACACCAGUGCAACUCAAGAAAAAGUCAAAGGUGAGGAGGAGGAAGAAGGACAUGAAGAGAUUAGAGAGGAAGCAAUUCCUUUACAAAUCUCUGCAGAUGGAUCCUGUAACAGAAGUACCCCAGGGAGAUGUCCCCUUCCUAUGUAUUCCUGGGAUCCUACACAGCAAGAUCACAGGUUCCCAUACCAAUAUCAAAGUGAUGGCAGUUUGUUGUGGAAAAUGGCAGCACACCAGCAGCCUUCCACCUGGGUGCGGAGAAGAAAAGGAGCAGGUAGUCGCAAGAAAAACCUGACGUUUUCAUUUGUGGAAAAAAUAUGGCGCUGAUCCAUGCGGUGGUGCCUUUCUGGCCCGAUCUCUAUGGGGAACGGGCACCCUACCACACUUUUGUCGAAAAGGCGGCCAUGUGGGAACAAGUGGCAGCAGCUGUCAACAGUAUUUCACGCCAGAUCAGGACAGCUCAGCAUUGUCGCAAACGGGUGUCAGUCAUUAAAAGGCAAAUCCGAUUCAAAUAUAUACAACAUCGGGAUGCUGUUGAGAGAGCAGGAGGAGACCCUCCUAGACCUCUGGUCCUCCUCCCAUACGAGAAGGAGAUGAUGAGUGUCAUAGGGGAGGAGCUUAUUACCGGGCUAGGGGGCGAUUUAGACACAGAUCGUCCAGUUCAACAUUCGACAGAAGAAAGGGUAGUAGCAGACACAUUCUCAUCCACCAUACCAUCUGGCGAUGUCCUAACUCCUGGCAAUGAAGAGACAGGUCUGGAUUUGGGUCCGGCUCAGACUCCUGGAGAGGCUUCAUGCUCUAGUCCAUCGGGGGAGGGUUUGAUGGACCUGAGCCAGGCUCCAUCAAGUUUAGAGCCUCAGGAUGUGACCCCACCAAUCCCAGAGCUGGCCUCACAACCAAUCCCAGUGUUUUCUCCCAACUAUGACAGGGAGGAUGUCAUAUCUCCCACUCUCAACCUGCCUCAACAGCUGGAAGGGGAUCUCCACCACUGCUGCAUAGAGACUCAACCUCAGCUCAUUCAGGAACACCGUCGGGCACGGCGCACCCUCAACCUCUUGUACAGGGAGCAGAGGCGCCACCAUCUCGCCACUGAGCGGGAAAAACCGCCGCCAUCACCUUCGUGUAGAGCAGGAGGCAAUCCGUCACCAUUCCCGUAUGGAAGAGGAAGCAGCUGGGCUGACCUGCGCUGUCCGUCAUCUGGUUGCUAUGUUUGGAGGGGAGAGCUCACAGGAACCCAGUCAACUCCAGGUCUUUGCUCAGUUACUGCGUGCCUCCAAGAGUUCUAGGGCAACACAAAAUAGGGGAAGGCCUAGCAGGGGAGGCAAAAGUGCAGGAGGGUCCAAAGGCCAGCAAGCAGAAUAG